UCUUUGCCGACGUUUAACUUCCUGAAAAAGUUUCCUCUACAAUCCUCUAUAAUGGAUGGGCAGAAAACGUUCCUACCAAUUUCCAAUACACAUGUGUACACUGCCCUCCCAUCUGGGCCUCACCCCGUCGGACCUCCGGCGACCGACCGUCGCCGACCCAUUAAGGCCUUCCUUGUAACUUCCUCCGGCUUUUUAACGUUAGCCUUUUUGGUGGCCCUGAUCGCCUCUUACAAUGGCGACAAUUUAGGUAAUAAUAAUACUGUUAUUAAUAACAACGACGCCUCAUUGUCGUAUGUAUCUAUGGAACCCGCAAAGUUAAUGGGACCCGUGUCACGUGGCUCGCCGGCCGGCGUGUCGGAGAAGAGUAACCGGCCGUUGUUCUUGGGAUUGAAGGCGAUGCCAGCUUUCCCUUGGAGCAACGAUAUGUUAUCCUGGCAGAGAACGUCAUUCCAUUUUCAACCAGAGAAAAAUUGGAUGAAUGAUCCUAAUGGUCCAAUGUUUUACAAGGGAUGGUACCACUUCUUCUAUCAGUACAACCCAAAUGGUGCUGUGUGGGGUGAUAUUGCUUGGGGACAUGCUGUUUCAAAGGAUUUGAUUCGCUGGUUUUACCUGCCCUUGGCUAUGGUUCCUGAUCAAUGGUAUGACAUCAAUGGCGUCUGGUCUGGAUCUGCUACCAUACUCCAUGAUGGCCAAAUAGUUAUGCUAUAUACUGGCUCAACAAAUGAAUCAGUUCAGGUGCAAAAUCUGGCAUACCCUGCUGAUCUUUCUGAUCCCCUCCUCAUCAAUUGGGUCAAGUAUUCUAACAACCCAGUUCUGGUCCCUCCACCAGGCAUUCAUUUCAAGGAUUUUCGUGAUCCGACAACCGCUUGGUUGACGUUGGAAGGGAAAUGGCGAAUUACAGUAGGCUCUAAAGUUAACAAGACCGGCAUAUCUUUAGUGUACGACACUAAUGACUUUAUAAAUUUUGAGCUUUUAGAUUCAAUCCUUCAUGGUGUUCCCGGCACUGGCAUGUGGGAGUGUGUGGACUUUUAUCCUGUCUCAAAAACAAGCAAUUAUGGCUUGGACACGUCUUCCUAUGGCCCAAAAGUCAAGCAUGUGGUGAAAGCAAGCAUGGAUGAUACCAGGAACGAUCAUUAUGCUAUAGGGACUUACUUUGAAGAAAACGGGACAUGGGUUCCUGAUUUUCCUGAGAUUGAUGUUGGAAUUGGGCUUAGGUAUGAUUACGGGACAUUCUAUGCAUCCAAGACUUUCUAUGAUCAGGACAAGCAAAGAAGAGUUUUAUGGGGUUGGAUUACAGAAUCUGAUAGCGAAGCUGCUGAUGUGAAGAAAGGAUGGGCUUCUGUUCAGAGCAUUCCAAGGACAUUGGUGCUUGAUCAGCAAACAGGUACCAAUCUACUCCAGUGGCCGGUUGAAGAGGUUGAGAUUCUCAGAUUAAGCAGCAAGGAAUUUGUCGACAUAAAAGUUGGUCCAGGUUCAGUGAUUCCACUUGACAUUGGCCCUGCAACACAGUUAGAUAUAGUGGCUGAAUUUGAGGUAGAUAAGGAGGCUUUAAAUGGAACAGCCAUGACCGAGGUUGGGUUCAGCUGCAGCGCGGGCGGAGGUGCUGCUCAACGCGGCGCUCUAGGGCCUUUCGGGAUUCUAGUUCUUGCUGAUGAGUCCCUCUCAGAGCAGACUCCUGUAUAUUUCUAUGUUUCCAAGGGAAGUGAUGGCAGCUUCAAGACUUUCUUCUGCACUGAUACAUUAAGGUCCUCAUUGGCAACUGAUGUGAACAAACUUGUUCAUUGGAGCUUUGUCCCAGUUCUCGAAGGAGAAAAACUAUCUUUAAGAAUAUUGGUGGAUCAUUCAAUAGUUGAAAGCUUUGCGCAAGGAGGAAGAUCUGCCAUUACAGCUAGGGUUUAUCCAACAAAGGCCAUUUAUGGAGCUGCUAAAAUUUUCUUGUUUAACAAUGCUACGGAUGCCAAGAUUAAUGCCUCACUCAAGAUAUGGCAAAUGAAUUCUGCCUUCAACAGACCUUACCAUGAUGAUGAUGAUGAUUCAGACCUAUCAAGCCAACCCCAUAUCCCAAACCACUACUUUUCAUAAAUUUCUCCAUCUUGUUAAGUUGUUGAUCUCCCCUGUCUUUCGCCUCUUCUGAUCCUUCUCAAAUUUAUUCUUCUUUCCUUUAUAUAUUAUUAUUUUUUUGUGCAUGUAUAG